AUGGCAGGGCCAUUUGCUUCCCCACCAUUAGUAGGUUUGCGAGUGUCUCCACUUGUGGUGGUCCCCAAGAAGGAGGCUGAUAAAUUCCGUAUGAUACAUCAUUUAUCGUACCCAAAGGGGGCAUCGGUAAAUGAUGAUAUCGACAAGGCCCUGUGUUCUGUUUCCUACACAUCAUUUGACAAGGCUGUCGAGUUGGUAAAGAUUAAUCAUAAGGAAGUGUGUCCUGACACAUGUGAAAAAGAACCUUUGGACUGUUUUAAAAACGCCUUGGAAUUAUAUUCAGAUACUGAGAAAAAGGUGAAGAGUUGUUAUGAAGAAUUUAAAGACACCCAAGCUGGAUACUUAACUAAGUCUGAGCAAUGCAUUACAGAAUUGCGCAGAAUUGCAGAUGAUGUGGAUAUUUUCCAUAAACGAGUCACUAUCACCAACAUCGCUGGGAGCUCCGUGGGAAUCGUCGGUGGUAUCACCACUAUUGUAGGACUUGCUCUGGCCCCUGUCACUUUUGGAGCUUCUCUGAUUGUUACUGCUGUAGGUAUUGGAGUGGCUACUGCUGGAGGACUCACCGGUGCAGGAGCGUCCAUUGCUGACACUUUUAACAUCAAACAGAAAUGCAAAAAGGUAGAUGAGAUUAUCAAGGAACUUACAGAUGACAUGAAUAAAAUGACAAAACUAGCACAAGAAAUUAAAAAAUUAAUCGCUAACCUAAUAUAUACAUCUGGCUUGAAAGAAUAUAACUUUACUAGGCUAGGUACAAGAGGUCAAUUUGCUACAGCACAGAUAACCAGAUUAGCUAAACUAGUGAACUUAUCAACAUCUGCAUCUCGAGGGGCACAGCUCGCAGCACGUGGUGCCCAGGCUGCAACUGCUGUAUCGGGGGUCUUUGCUGCACUUUUUUUAUUAGUUGACAUUGCUUUUGUUGUUAAAGGUGCACUGGAUCUGAAAAAGGGAGCUAAAACAGAUGAGGCAGAAAGGAUUAGAGGAAUUGCAAAUGACUUGGAAGCAGGUUUGAAGGAGAUGCUAGAGGGAAGGAAUGAAGACAGCGAUACACAAAGCAUCUUAUCAUAA